GAUUUUGACAUCUAUCAGAAAAUUAUAAGUCGAAACUUGAAUUGCGAUAACUUUAUCAUUUCAUUUAUUUGUGACCAUAUUAUUCCAUUAUCAUAAUCAAAACGACGUAGUGGGAACAAUUUUCUUAAGCGUUGUCCACCAAACUAUUCGACGUCUUAAGAAUAUAGUAUGGAAUUGUCUCUGCGAAGUGUGAGAUUAUUCAACCGGCUCCUACGAAGACCUGUAUGUAUCGCUACUUAUAAAAGUACAAAUGUUGUGGCAAAGGAGGAUGUUAAUAUAGAAUUGGUGAAUAAAUUCAACCAAGACAUAAAAGCUGGUGGUGUUGUACCAGUGUUCCGGCGAGCCCUGCUAUUUCCCACCCGCAUCGCAUUACAAGAUGAAAUCGGCAUCUACACAUAUGCUGGGUUGUACCAGGCAGCCACUUUGCUUAGCAAAGAAAUCUCCACACAACUUUUUGGCGAGACGGAAAGAACAAUCACAUACAUGUGCAGUAAUGAUGCGUCACACGUCAUUGUACAGUGGGCUAUAUGGAUGUCAGGGAACAUAGCGGUGCCCUUAACCCCAAUCCACCCGGCAGAGAUGCUCAAAUACUUCAUAACAGACAGCGGUUCAGUUCUAACAAUAUGCACUCAAGACUAUGAGAAAAUACUCCAGCCAAUCACGGAGGAGCUGAAGAACCCUUUCAUGGUCACUGGCAGGGAUAAAGAGGUGGCUGCGCAGUUGUACCAACCGAAUACUUCUUUCUUAAAACCAAAGCCUGAGGAAUGUUUGGCCGAUGUGGGAAGAUCUAACGCUUGGUAUGGAGAGAGUGAGGCGCUUAUUAUUUAUACCAGUGGCACAACGAGCAAGCCCAAGGGCGUGGUAUGGACGCACAGCAUGCUGCACAGCCAGGUGUCGGCUCUGCACCACGCCUGGCAGUACAGCUGUAGCGAUGUAGUUCUGCACACGCUGCCCUUGCAUCACAUACACGGACAACUCAACUCUCUCAACGCCUCUCUAGCUGCUGGUGCCAGGAUCCGAAUGCUGCCCUCGUUCGUGUCUCACAAGGUGUGGUCGUGUCUCCUUGGCAUGGGCGAGCGCGAAGAAGCCAAGGUGACGGUGUUCCACGGCGUGCCGGCUAUGUACGCGCGCCUAGCCGCCGACCACGACAAGAUGUUCGCGGCGCAGAAACAAGCGGAGUAUGUUCGCGCGACGCUCAGCCGGAUGCGGCUCAUGUGCGCCGGCUCCGCGCCGCUGCCCGCCUCGCUGUUCCACAAGUGGGAGAAGAUAUCCGGCAUGCGAUUGCUGGAACGCUACGGCAUGUCGGAGUGCGGUAUGGCGCUCAGCAACCCUUACCGCGCCGCCGCCGGCCGCACGGUGGGCGCGGUGGGCGCCCCGCUGCCGGGCGUGGCCGCCGCGAUCGCCGUACACGAAUCGGAUCAGAUGUUGAAGCCGGUGGUCACCGUGGAAACUGACAUGGCUGACACACAGAUAUCACUAGAGCGUCUAGGUUUAACAGCCAAGGAGCACGGUAGCGAGCCCGCCAAGUACGAGUGGCCUCCGCCGAAGGUCACCGAGCACGUAAAGAGCCAAGAUGGCUCCUAUCAGGGCGAACUGCUGUUGAAGGGACCGAGCGUGUUUAGUAGGUAUCUGAACCGUCCGCUGGCUGUAUCGUCGACUGACUUCACCCCGGACGGCUGGUUCCGUACGGGUGACACCGUCCUGUUCGCCGAUGGCAAGUUCCGGAUUCUGGGACGGACGUCUAUAGAUAUUAUCAAGACUGGUGGUUAUAAAGUCAGCGCAUUACAGGUAGAAUCAGCCCUUCUAGAACAUCCGAGCGUAGCAGACGUCGCCGUGUUGGGCGUUGAAGAUGAAAGUUACGGAGAAAUUGUCACCGCAGUUGUAGUUCUCAAAGAUAAAGCCAAACUUACACUGAAAGAACUCAAAGACGAGGCAGGGAAGCGUCUUGCACCUUACCAACUGCCGAAAACAAUGGUCAUAGUUAAAGAGAUGCCCAGGAAUGCUAUGGGCAAGCUAGAUAAGAAGGAGAUAAGGAAAUUGUACGCGAAAGAACUGAGUAUGAAGGGUAAGAAGUAAGGUUGUUGAUUUGUUAAUGUUGGUCACAAAUGUUGGAUGAUAUAUUUGAAAUCAUGAUUGUUCGCUUGGAAGUUGGUCACAAAUUUUAUUUGAAGUUGAUUAUGGAUUCGAAUUUGCUAUUUUAUAUUUUUAUUUGAGAUAGUUGGGGUACACAUUGGUCACAAAUAUUGGUCACAUAAGUUGUUUGUUGGCGUUCUGGUAGAUUAGUUAUACUUGUUUGUUGGCGUUACUUAAAUUUUAUUUUUACAUAUUUUUUUUUACUAUAAAUAGUGGUUGCGUUGUUUUUUUUACUUGAUGAUUUUAAAUUUUAAUUAGGUUUUUAAUGAUAAAGAACGGAUAAAAUUAUGUUGAAUUGUUUUAGCACAAAAGAUUAUAUGAAAAUGGUAGGUAGGUACUUACUUGUUUAUCGAUGUUUAUGAGUGUUAUUUUCUGGGUUACGAGAGUACAAUCUUCCAAUUAAAAAAAAUAAGAAAACAUACAUAACAUAUAAUCACGUUCAUAUCCCUUGCGGGGUAGACAUAGCCAACAGUCUUCAAAAGUCUGAAAGGCCACGUUCAGCUGUUUGGCUUAAUGAUAGAAUUGAGAUUCAAAUAGAUUGAAAUGAAUCCGUGUGGUGUCCGGCACGAAUAGAAAAAAUAAGCAUAAAACAAUUUCUAAGAAUGAUCUUUUCAGUCCCCCUGCACUGCACCUCUCAACUUAUUGGUGUAAUUAGAAAGUGUAGUAUUCCAGUUAGUAUGUAGAUCAGCCCACGGAAAGACUUCGUUAAACGAUUUUCAAGUUAAUUAUUAACUAUUUCAAAGACGUUAUGUUGACAGUCACCUUUAAAAAGUUGAAUAUUUAAAUCUGUGAUUUAAUGUUUGGGUACAUACCUACAGAAAUUUACGCAUAAUAAUAUGAGGUUGAUAUUUCAUUCAAUAUUAUAGAAUUGUACCGUACUUGUUAAGGUUAUUUACUUAUAUUGUUUGCUUUUAAAAUGUAUGGUUAAAUGAAAAAGUGCCUGUAAACUGUUAUUCACAAAUUAGUCACAAAUAUAUUGUUGCUUUUUUUUAAAUGUUAUUUUUUCCGAAAAGUACAGUCACUAGUUGAAUAUUUUAAAUAUUUAAUGUGAUAGGUAGUCAUAAUACAAACGCCUUUCUUUGACUGAUUGUUUAAUAAAAGACAUUUA